CGUCAACUUACAAAUAUGGCCAACGGCGACAUUAACACCAACGGUUACACGCUCCGAGUGGCGCGCACAGCCCAGGAUUUCCAGUCGUUCCGGGAGAUCGUGCUGGACUUCCACCAUUUUCUGAAUGUUGAUCUCAGCUUUCAGAACUUCGAGGGGGAGAUGGCAGGGCUCCCCGGUUGCUAUGCUCAACCUGAUGGAGCCAUACUCAUCGCCUCGGUGAUGACAGAGUCAGGGUCCCGAGAUGCAGGUGCAGUUGCUGUGAGGCCACUGCCCGAGAAGGCCAAAUCCUGGCAGAGCAUAGCAGCAGCAGCAGCUGCUGCAGAAGACUCAGGUACCAGCAACGCAGGGGAGAAUGGCUCAGACGGUGAGGUCUCUCAAGGGUGGCAUGGCCGUAUCUGUGAGAUGAAGCGCUUGUAUGUGAGGCCUGAGUUCCGGGGGUUGCAACUGGGAAGGGUCCUGUGCGAGGAGCUUAUCAGGUUGAGCAGGGAGAUGGGCUAUGAUGAGAUGGUGUUGGACACUCUGGACAGGCUUAAGAGCGCUGGAAGGACAUAUGAGAAUUUGGGCUUUGAGCAGUGUGGGCCAUAUUAUCACAACCCUCACCCUGGUGUCAUUUACUGGCGGAAGAGUCUGAAGAUCUGACAGCAGUGCAGUUGAGCAUCGUGGACAAAUUGACAAAAUCGUGCUUUGGAGCUGUUCAACCAGCUGUCAAUUUCGGCCUUUUGAUGCCGAUAUGUGGUUUUGAAGCUGCAUACGGUAAGUCCUGCUGCAUCAAUAUUUCUCGCAAGUUCUUUAGUAUUGCAUGUGAAUCCGAGCUUCCAGUAUUGGGAAGAAGAUGCCGCAUUGCGCAGAUCCAUGAAUUAGUUGCUUUGAUGGAACAAACAUUAGCGACCCUUGGAUGCACAUUUGCAUCCAUGCCAUUAUUUUCUUGCAACUGAGAGAUGGCAGCAGCUCAGCUGCAGCAUUUAGACACACUGUUGGCAACCUGCCCAUCCAUGGCCAAUUCAAAGCUUAAAUCGGGCGGUUUGUGUUAACAACUUGACGC